CUCUGAGGAGGUGAAAUGGAGCAGAAACAAAAUUCGUUAGACCUCGAAAGAUUUUGCUGUAUGAUCUGUCUGGAUCAACUCAGGAAUCCAGUUACUAUACUCUGUGGACACAGCUACUGCAUGAACUGUAUUAAAGCCCACUGGAACAAAGAAGAUGAGAAGAAGAUCUACAGCUGUCCUCAGUGUAUGCAGGUCUUCAACCCAAGACCCAUCGUUGGGAAGAACACCAUACUAACAGAUCUAGUGGAGGAGCUGAAGAAGACCAGACUCCAAGCUGCUCCUGCUGAUCACUGCUAUGCUGGAGCUGAAGACGUGGCCUGUGAUGUCUGCACUGGGAGGAAACUGAAAUCUGUCAAGUCCUGUUUGGUUUGUUUGGCCUCUUACUGUGAAGAACACCUCCAGCCUCAUUAUCAAUCACCUCCAUUUAAGAAACACAAGCUGGUGGAGCCCUCCAAGAACCUCCAGGAGAACAUCUGCUCUGUUCAUGAUGAGGUGAUGAAGAUGUUCUGUCGCACCGAUCAGCAGUGUAUCUGUUAUCUCUGCUCUGUGGAUCAACAUAAGGGUCACGACACAGUGACAGCUGCAGCAGAGAGGACACAGAGACAGAGAGAGGUGGAGCUGAGUCUACAAGAAAUCCAGCAGAGAGUCCAGGACAGAGAGAAAGAUCUGAAGGAGCUUCAACAGGAGGUGGAGGCUGUCAAUGUCUCUGCUGAUAAAGCAGUGGAGGACAGUGGGAAGAUCUUCACUGAGAUGAUCCGUCUCCUGGAGAAAAGAUCUUCUGAUGUGAAGCAGCAGAUCAGAUCGACGCAGGAAAGAGAAGUCCGUGAGGUCAGAGAUGUUGAGGUGAAGCUGCAGCAGGAGAUCACUGAGCUGAAGCAGAAAGAGGCUGAACUGAAGCAGCUCUCACACACACAGGAUCACAACCAGUUUCUCCUCAACUGUCCCUCACUGUCAGCACUCAGACCAUCUCCACACUCAUCCAGCAUCAACGUCCGUCCUCGGAGAUACUUUGAGGAAGUGACAGAGGCCGUGAUAAAGUUCAGAGGUCGACUACAGGACCUUCUGACUGACACCUGGACAAACGUUAUACGAAAAGUAACCCAAGUGGAUGUUCUACUGCCACGACCAGAACCACAGACCAGAGCUGAGUUCUUACAAUAUUCUCAGGAAAUCAAACUGGAUCCAAACACAGCAAACAGACGUCUGUUAUUAUCUGAGGGAAACAGAAAAGUGACAACAACGUGGGAAUAUCACUCUUAUCCUCGUCAUCCAGACAGAUUCACUGAUUGUUGUCAGGUCCUGAGUAGAGAGAGUCUGACUGGACGUUGUUACUGGGAGGUGGAGUGGAGAGGCAGUGACGCAGGACUUCGUAUUGCAGUCACAUACAAGAAUAUCAGCAGAGUGGGAAAAUCUGAUGAAUGUAGAUUUGGAUUAAAUGACAAAUCCUGGGCGUUAGACUGCAACCAGCACCGCUGUGAAUUUUGGCACAAAUGUAACAAGACCCGAGUCUCAGUUCCUGGUUCCUCCUCCUCCAGAGUAGGAGUGUACCUGGACCACAGAGCAGGUCUUCUGUCCUUCUACAGAGUCUCUGACUCCAUGACUCUCCUCCACAGAGUCCAGACCACAUUCACUCAGCCUCUCUAUGCUGGACUUUGUCUUUGUGUCACUGAAACUGAAGCAGAGUUCUGUAAAGUUAUUUAGACAGAGCUUCCUUUA